UAUUACCUUAGACGAUCGUAAUUUCAAAAUCGAUUUCAUUUUCCGAUAGGGAAACUGCAGGAACAAAGAAGAAAAAAAGUUGACAUUUUAUCGUUUAAAAUCUCUUCAGCUUCCCUCUUUUCGUUUCCUAAAUUUGAAUUUUUAUUUAAAAAAAAAUUCUAAAAUAUAUUUGAGGUAUACAAACAUCUCACCCUUGGCUUUGUUGAAAAAAAAAAAAAAAAAAAAAACCCUAGAGCUCAUCAGUCCCGAUCCUCAACCGUUGGAUUCCAAUUCUUUCUGCCAUCGCAAGCGUCGUAGCCAACCCCUCCCGAGCCGAUUUCAAGCCACCUAAGACAGAUUUUAGUUUUCUGGUGGUAUCUUAAUUCUAAAAAUGCCCAAGGUUAGAAGAGUACGGUCCUUGUCUUUUGAUCAAUCUAGAGCAUCUCCUUAUCCUAGUACCUCUAAUGGUGGCAAUCCAAGUAAACCUAAAAGUCCAUUGGGAUCAGUUGAUGAUGUGAAAGAAUGGGAAGAAGCUAGGUGCCCCAUAUGCAUGGAACACCCACACAAUGCUGUCCUUUUAAAGUGUUCUUCUCACGAGAAGGGCUGCAGGCCUUAUAUGUGCAAUACGAGCUACCGGCACUCGAACUGCCUUGAUCAGUUCUGUAAGUCAUCUGAGCCCUACCCCUCAACAACAUUGCUGCGAGAAAUUCCUCUGACAAGCAAUGCCUCUCAAAGAAUAGGUGAGGAACAGGCACUGCCUGGGCAAACUAGGCCUUGCGGGAGCCAUAUGGAAUCAAAGCUGUUCUGCCCUCUUUGUCGAGGAGAUCUCUAUGGAUAUGUUGUUUUAGAGUCCGCUCGUCGGUACAUGAACACCAAAGUAAGAAGUUGUUCUACUGAGACAUGCGAUUUCAGUGGAAACUAUUCAGAACUAAGGAAGCACGCUAGAUCUGAACACCCUUCUGUCCGGCCGUCGGAGGUGGAUCCAACACGACAACAUGAUUGGAUGAGGUUGGAGCGGGAAAGGGACUUGGAUGACGUCCUUAGCUUGGUGCAGCCAGGGAUUGCAGAAGACAGUAGUACUGAAGAUCCAUCAGAGGAUUUAGAUUCUUGGAUGUCUUCAUUCUUCGCUUCAAUGUUUCGUUCUAUUGAGAUCAUGCUUGUUAGCCGUUUAUUGGAUGCUUCACGAGAUAGAGAGCAGUCGCAUAAUAGGAGGUUAGAGAGAAUAUCAAGGUCACACGCAUACCGUGAGGUUGGUACUAGCUCUGGCACUAGACGGAGCAAUACUUUUAAUGAGAGUAACUCCCAUGGAAGGCGACUGCGGUGGCGGGCCAACUAUGAUGCGGGGGCUAGUCCUGCCACCAGACAGAACAACAAUUCCUUCCAAGGGAGAUCACGCGCCCCCCGUUCACAGCGAUUGCACUGGCGGAAUCAGAGAUGGUCUAAUUACAAUAACCAGCGAUGAUUGCAACGCAUGAUGAAUCGCAGUCGAGGAUGUUUAUAUGUUUGGAGAUCAGGUCCAAAUAUCUGUUCGAUCAGGUUACCAGAGGAUGUCGUUUCCUCCAUCUGCAGGAUAUUGAAAGACUUUAUGGUGACGUGUAUUGCAAGUUGCAACUUUAUUCUCCGUUGACAUGGACAAUAAAAAUUUUACUCUCGUGGCAUGUUUUGUUUAUUGCCUCUCUUGUUUAGCUUGAUUGCCACGGCAGUACAAAUUGGGCCGGGUCUCAUUUUUGAAGUCUUUUUUUUUCGUUUGUUACAUUUUUGUUUUGU